CUGCUGUUCCCAGAUUCGGCUUUCGGUGCUGUCACGGCCUGCUCUUUUUCUCCUUCGUCCUCCGUCUUCCUCUUCAAACGGUUGUCCAGCUCUCAAUUCCUCUUCUACACUCCGUCUCUUGUUACUCUCCCGGUCCUUCAGCGUGUUGCGGCUCCUCUGCACCGCUAUCUCCUUAACCCGCCUCUAACCCGCCUCCGCAUCUCCCCGCCAUCAUGUCUUCCGCCGAAUCCCCCACCUCGGACACCGUCCAGGAGUCGCUCAAGGGUACUGAGUCCAAGACAGUUAACCAGACCGCUGCUCAGCUUCGCUCCUUCGCCGCUGGCGGCGCUGGUGGUGUCUGUGCCGUUGUUGUCGGUCAUCCCUUCGACCUGGUCAAGGUGCGGAUGCAGACGGCUGCCCAGGGUGUCUACUCGGGCGCCAUUGAUGUGGUGAAGAAGACCAUCGCCCGCGAGGGCUUGGCUCGCGGUCUCUAUGCUGGUGUUUCCGCUCCUCUGGUCGGCGUUACGCCCAUGUUCGCUGUCAGCUUCUGGGGUUACGAUCUAGGAAAAACGCUUGUCAGCAGCCUGUCUGAAGUCAAGGUCCACAACAACACUCCGCAGUACACAAUCGGCCAGAUUUCUGCUGCUGGAUUCUUUUCCGCUAUCCCCAUGACUCUCAUCACUGCUCCCUUCGAGCGCGUAAAGGUGCUUUUGCAGAUCCAAGGGCAGAACCCCCCGCCACCUGGUCAGAAGCCCAAGUACUCCGGCGGUGUGGAUGUUGUCCGACAGCUGUACAAGGAGGGAGGAAUACGCAGUGUGUUCCGGGGAAGCGCAAUGACCCUGGCUCGUGACGGCCCCGGCUCGGCUGCCUACUUCGCUGCCUACGAAUACAUCAAGCGGUCGCUCACUCCCAAGGACGCGGAAGGCAACGUGACCGGUGAUUUGUCGCUGCCAGCUGUUCUAACAGCUGGUGGUGCUGCUGGUAUUGCCAUGUGGAUUCCUGUCUUCCCCGUCGACACAAUCAAGUCGCGUCUGCAGAGUGCACCGGGCAAGCCCACAAUUGGUGGCACCAUUCGUGCCGUCUACGGCAAUGGUGGAUUCAAGGCGUUCUUCCCCGGGUUCGGCCCAGCCUUGGCCCGUGCCGUUCCUGCGAACGCUGCCACAUUUGCCGGUGUCGAGAUAGCCCACAAUUUCAUGAAGAAGCUAUUCGACUAAAUAGAUGUCUUUGAAGCGACUGGAGAGUGUCACGAUAUCCAUUAUUUGCGGCGUUUCUUGACAUAUUUUGAUUCCUUGUUUAGAGUGAGAUGUCUUUGAGCAUUGUAAGCUUGUGCGAGACUGUUACUUAGACUUGCGAUUUUGGUUAGAAUACCCAUGCCUGCGGGUUUUUCAUUUCCAUUAUACUCCU